GCGGACAACCUCGAAGGUGACAUUAUGCUCAGCAUCAACAACUCGUCCAAGAGACAGCUUCCAGAUUUCGGUACUGGCAGGUGCCAGAGUGUCCUUACCAACGCCGGCCCCACGCUGCUGCUACCUGCAAAGGGCGGCAUCGAGGUCUACUUGGACAACUCAGUGUUCAGGAGUGCGAAGUGCUAUUCGACUUCUUCACAGCAAAAGGCUGCGGAAUCACUUCGGAGCUACUUGCCGAAGAGCGCUUAA